AUGGCUAUCAUCCUGCUGAGGUCUCUACCUUCGUCUUUCAAGCACUUUCGAACAACUCUAAUGUUUGAAAAAGAGUCCCUGAAGCUUGAAGACGUAAUUCAAGCUCUUCAAUCAUAUGCUAAACUAGAUGAUAUAAUUGAAAGCUCUCAAGGCCUUUAUGCCAAAGGCAAGGAGAGGAGGUGGGAAAAGACAAAAGAAGAGAAAACAGGAAACAAAGGUAGGUCAAAAUCCAAGAAGAAAAAGGAAAAGAAGGAAGGUUGCUUCGAAUGUGGUUCAACCGAUCAUUGGAAGAGGAACUACAAGAUUUGGAAAGAGAAGAAAGCCAAGAGGGAAUGA